CUAUACAAAGAUGAUCUGCCUUCGCCACAGCUCUUCUUUGCCGAAUUUGAGCAUUGGAAGAUGAAGGUGCAAGCUAGGAUAAUUACGGCUGAUUUAUGCGCUGCGUCCUUGAAAGCAUGUGAUCCUGAUGAUUUCCCUAACCUGUACAUUCUUCUCAAGAUUGCGGCUACUCUUCCCGUGACAUCGUGCGAGUGCGAGCGUUCAAUAAGCAAAAUGAGAAGGCUAAACAAUUACAUGCGACUAGUGUACCAUGGGCGAGAGUAGGCUCUCCUCACUGGCCAUAUGCAUAUCAAGUACGAUAAGCCUAUCAGUCUGGACAAAGUUGUCUAUUUGUUUGAAGGCCUCCGCGCUUGGAUGAUGCAAUUACAAAGUUUGCCUUACGAAACGGAAUAG